AUGACCCUCAGUCAACUCUGUCCUCAACACCAUCAACUCCUCAAUUGCCACCCACCUCCUAUCAACAAAAUUGAAGUCCGCGAAUCAAGGACCAUUCUGUCACAGCUCACCAGUAGCUACUCUAUCCACCCAACUGGUUACCUCAGUCGCAUAAAUGAUACCAUACUCGACCAAUGCAACCUCUGCCACUCACUCAAUCAUACUACUCAACAUCUUUUCAACUGUUCUGCCAAUCCCACCCCCCACACUCGCCGACCUUUAGACGGACCCGACCAUCAUACGUGCAUGGCGUAUGAUGGUCUUCGAGUGUCGGACAGACAGUAUGUAUGGCGAGCCAGUCAUCGAGCCAGUCAACGCGAGGCAGGGCAUUUCUUCCGACUGAGCUAA